AGAAGAACAAGAAGAAGACAAUCAAUUUUCUGACUCAAGCCUCACUUCAAGUGUUACAUCUCUAUGCUUUACACAGUAUUUGGAGCGGAGAUCAAUGACAAAGUUUGUGAAACCACGGAGUUAUUUUUUUAUGUCAGCUAACAUUAAGGUCGUAAGCAGGGGAGUGUUGUGUGUUGUUGUCCAGGUUAUACAACUUUGACGAACUGUUCACGAGACAUGGUAGCUUGACUGAUGAUAUUUAAAGGAAUUGUGGUCUUAUGUAAAGAUAGUAUUUGUAAAAUAUUUGUAGAAUGCAGAAAGGGGCAGACGGUAGGCCUACGCACACCAGCUUUAUCUCACGUAGCGAGGGUUUGAGGUCGCCUCAACACAUAGAAAGCGCGAGGCACCGGGUCGAAGUUAACUCAAAGACAGAUGAAAUGACUCAGCAUAUUGAAAUGAUGAGUCACAGGAAAGCAUGUAUCGACCUGGAGAAGGCUACCAAAUUCAUCACAGAAGUAUUACAGCAUGAGGUAGUUAGGAACCGGGAGCUCUGCAUGUUGAUCUGCCGCCUGGAGGAGAAGGAAGUGGAGACUGGGCGGAGCCUAAUGGAGCAGGCGGAGUCAAACAAACAGCUGUGGUUGGAGAUCAGUGCACUAAAGAAACAGCUGAAGGCAAAAGACAACGCUCUCUCAGAGGCCAAUCAGACUGUGGCGUUCCUGAAGAAUGAACUAAAGGAUCUGCAUCAACAACAGCAGAUGAAUCACUGGUAUACUCACACAUACACACACACACCAGCCGACCAGCUGACACCAGCUCAGGAGUCACUGGUCUGGUCAGAACCACUGGUCUCACCUGACGCCCAGAGUCCGCUGGUCUCAUCUGCGGGUCAGAGAAUUGUGGAGGCUCUAGUGUCUGGUGUUAAAGAAGAAUAUUCUGCUGAUGCUGGUGGAUAUGAAGAGAGCCAUCAUUCUGUUUCUGCAGUGGAGGCAGUUGAUCCCAAAUCAGAACUGACCUUCUCUGCUGCAGCGGAGGCAGUUGAUCCCAAAUCAGAACUGACCUUCUCCUCAGCUGCAGACAUUAAAACUGAAAUUAUACAGGGAGACGAGGAAAUGUCAACAGUGGCUCCGGUCUUUAGUUCUGAGUCGGACCAGUCUUCUCCAGACCCUGCGUCUCUGGCCCAGUUAAGGGGCGUGUCCGUAGUGCUGGUGGACUGCUGUAGAACACAAGAACAACAAGGGAAGGACGACGAGAACCUCAGAGAUGGAGAAGAACCCAAAAACAGAAAUGGAUCAUCUCUGUCAUCGUCAGCUAUUGCAGCGUUCCCCUCCAUCUCCGAGACCCCGACUCCUGAGAUGGACAGGUCCAAACCUUCCUCCUGUUCUGUGCGUGGCCAGACCUUCCCCUCCCAGUCUCCUCUCCGACGACCUCCUCAUGUUCACAAACGAAAGCGCCCUCUCUCCUGCCCUCAGUGUGGCAAGACCUUCCUUCACGCAGCGACGCUCCACGCACACCAGCGCGUUCACACCGGACGCUCGCACCACUGCACUUACUGUCCGAGAAACUUCCUCAGCGAGUGGGAUCUGAAACGGCACCGGCGCAUUCACACAGGAGAACGGCCCUAUCACUGUGCUCAGUGCGGCAAGAGCUUCACUCGGAAGGAUAACCUCCAAUCGCACCAGCGUAUUCACCUAGAGGAGAGAACAUAUCUCUGCUCUCACUGUGGGAAGGGUUUUACUCGUGAAGAUUACCUUAAAAAACACCAGCGUAUUCAUACAGGAUAAAUCUUCAAUAGACCAAUUUCACAGUGUCCAGGUGUCCGGCCUCAUUGAUGUUAAUGAUACCUUAAUUGGCAGGGUAAAACGUCUUCCUGUUUCUGUCUUUCCUGUUUCUGUCUUUCCUGUGGACUUUUCUUUUGCUGUCUAUGGGACAGUGCGCUUCCACAGGAAGUUGAUUUACACAGCGGCCCCAUCUUGUGAAAUAGGCUAAUUGAGAGCAUCACCUCCGACACCACACGGGGAAAGGAUUCAGGCCCAGUGUGGAUUUUAGCUGCAAAGCUAACAAGGCUGUUUUCAAGGUCGCAGGUGUUAAAGGAGAUUUCUGCCAAUUUUUUUUUUUUUUACACUCUGGGGGCAUGUUCAUGGGGCAGCUACAGUGCUACACUCUGGGGGCAUGUUAAUGGGGCAGCUACAGUGCUACACUCUGGGGGCAUGUUAAUGGGGCAAGGCUGUUUUCAAGGUUGCAGGUGUUAAAGGAGAAUUCUGUCAAUUUUUCUUUUUUUACACUCUGGGGGCAUGUUCAUGGGGCAGCUACAGUGCUACACUCUGGGGGCAUGUUCAUGAGGCAGCUACAGUGCUACACUCUGGGGGCAUGAACAUCUGCGCUCAUGAACAUUUGACCAGUGUCAACCAUUUUGCUUUCAUCAAAGAGAAAGAGGUUAAGAAUAAGGGAGAAAAGUAAAAGUCUACAACAAAUGUAUGUGUAUGCAUAAAUACUCUUUUAUUCCGUGAGGGAAAUAUGGUCUCUGCAUUUAUCCCAAUCCGUGAAUUAGUGAAACACACUCAGCACACAGUGAACACACAGUGAGGUGAAGCACACACUAAU